AGCAACCAUGACUGAGAAGACUCAAGAACCUCAUGUGGAGGAAGAUGAUGAUGAGCUGGACGGGAAACUCAACUACAAACCUCCUCCCCAGAAAACACUGCAGGAGCUGCAAGAGUUGGACAAGGACGAUGAAAGCCUCGCUAAGUACAAGAAGUCCCUGCUGGGGGAUGGACCCGUGGUAGUAGACCCAACAGCUCCCAACGUGGUGGUCACCCGACUCACCCUGGUAUGCGACUCUGCUCCAGGACCGAUCACUAUGGACCUUACAGGUGACCUUGAAGCACUCAAGAAAGAGACCUUCGUAUUAAAGGAAGGAGUGGAAUACCGAGUUAAGAUCCACUUCAGAGUAAACAGGGACAUUGUGUCGGGACUGAAAUAUGUGCAGCACACCUACCGGACAGGGGUGAAGGUGGACAAAGCCACAUUCAUGGUUGGCAGCUAUGGGCCACGGCCAGAGGAGUACGAGUUCCUGACGCCUAUUGAGGAGGCUCCGAAGGGUAUGCUGGCUCGAGGCACCUAUCACAACAAGUCCUUCUUCACGGAUGAUGACAAGCAUGACCAUCUCACCUGGGAAUGGAACCUGUCCAUCAAGAAGGAAUGGACAGAAUGAGUUCACCCAGUUUGCCUUCCCCCUUCCCAUCCCCUUGCCUCCUGCACCAGUCUCCAGGUGGGCCAUGCCCACCACGCUGCUCCUUCCUGACAUCGCGGCUGGCCACAGUCCUGGCAGCCCUUCCCAUGGGCGCCGGGGCUCUGUGCCAGCUUUGGUCGAUGCACAGGCCUGCAGGCGGCCUUUGCUGCUUCUUCUGAUACACUGAAAAUAACCUGCCUGUUCUCACCACCGCCCCAUCAUGAUACAUAAUGGGUUAAAUUGGGAAGCAUCUCCCUCCCUCUCUCCCAGUACUUUGUCCUUCUGUCUCUUCUGUACCAACUCCGGUCCCAGAAGUGCCUUUUCUAGGAAACAAGAUCACCUGGCAGGGCGGACUGGUCCCUGGAAAAUUCCCUGAGUUACACUUGCCAUGUGCUCUGACUCAUUGUCAAUGGUUACUUACCUCCCAUGAUGGUCUCCUGGUCUGUGUCUGGUGUCCUACCCCAUUAAAAUCCAUCCUUGUGCAGGCAAAACCAGUCGGGGGAAUGCAGCUAAAUUCUGUAACAAGACUUAAGUGUCCCAAGAAUAAAACCAGUUUCUUUCUUCUUUUCUGCA